AAAAGAGGAGGAUUUCUCUGACCAGCAGCUCUGUGGACAGGAGAGGAAUUCCAGUUUGGACCAAGAGGAACCAGAAGCUCUGGAGAUAAAAGAAGUGCAGAAAGAACCAGAACAUCCCUGGAUAAAAGAGGAAACCAUGGAGCUCCCCAUAGGUGAGCAGGAAGAGAAGCCUGUUCUAAAGCAAGAGAUGGAACAUACAGGAGAGAAACCUUUCACAUGUCUUACAUUUGGAGUAAACUUUCUUAAAAAAGAACAUUUAAUGGUUCACAGAAGAACUCACACAGACUGCCUGCAGGAUUCUGUUGGAAAAGAGGAGGAUUUCUCUGACCAGCAGCUCUGUGCACAGGAGAGGAAUUCCAGUUUGGACCAAGAGGAACCAGAAGCUCUGCAAAUGAAAGAGGAGCAGCAAUCGCCUGAACAUCCCUGGACAAAAGAGGAAACCAUGGAGGUCCCCAUAAGUGAGAGUGAAGAGCAUCUUGUUCUGAAGCAGCAGACUGAAGAUACAGGAGAGAAACCAUUAUCAUGUUUGACAAGUGGAGAAAAGUUUCUAAAAACAGAAAAUUGUAUUGUUCACAUGAGGUCUCACACAGGUCAGAAGGUUUAUGAAUGUCUGUCCUGUGGGAAAAUGUCAACAACCAAAUAUAGAAUUGAUAGACACAUGAAAAUUCACACAGGUGAGAAGCCUUUUUCCUGUACUAUUUGUAAGAAGAAUAUUACCGGAAAAAGUAAUUUGACAAAACACAUGAGAAUUCAUAAAGGUGAGAAGCCUUAUGAAUGUCUGUCCUGUGGAAAAAGCUUUGCUCAGAAAUCUAAUUUUGAUGCACACAUCAGAACUCACACAGGUGAGAAACCUUUUUCUUGUACCAUUUGUAACAAGGAUUUUGCUGAAAAGGGUCAAUUGACUAAACACAUGAGAAUUCACACAGGUGAGAAGCCUUAUGAAUGUCUGUCCUGUGGAAAAAGCUUUACUCAGAUAUCUAGUCUUAAUUCUCACAUCAGAACUCACACAGAUGAGAAGCCUUUUUCCUGCACGAUUUGUGAAAAAAGUUUUACUCUAAAAAGUUAUUUGACUAAACACAUGAGAAAUCACACAGGUGAGAAGCCUUUUGAAUGUAUGUUCUGUGGAAAAAGCUUCAGUCAGAAAUCUCAUCUUGAUACACACACCAGAAUUCAUACAGGUGAGAAGCCUUUUUCCUGCACCAUUUGUAACAAGAAUUUUACUGACAAGAGUCAUUUGAAUUAUCACAUGAGAAUUCAUACAUGUUAGAAGCUGUUCCCAUCAAUUAUUUGUGACAAAGGUUUUAAACCAGAACGUCAUUUGAGUAUGCAUUGAUUUAUUCAUUCAUGAUGAAUUGUUUCUAUUUUUAAGAAAACAUUAGUUCCACAUAAGUCAGAGCAGUUAGACGCCACAGGAAUGAACAGUAGAGGCUUUUUCCAUGUUUAAUUGGUGAUAAAAUCUAGAAACUCCUUCACCUCAUUUUACAUGAGAAACUCACAGGUUAAUGGUCAUUUUGAAGCAAAGUUUUGAGAAAGCCAUUAAUUUACAGCUCUGUUUCCAUAGAAACUAGAACAGAUAAGGUGUUAUAAUGUAAACUUGGUAAAUAUUCAGGUCUUAGGUGAAUAUGUGGAUGUGAACAUUUGAUAGUUAAUAUUUUUGGCCUGAGUAAAUUAGAUUUAAAUGGCCAAAAAAA